UUAUAUCAGGCAGAUAUCAAUGCGGUGGUAUGAUAAAAAGUUGAUAUCAUAUUGCUUCCGUAUGCACGUACAUCCUGUGUAAGGCGUGCGUACGUAAUUUUUAUUUAAACCUUAUACACGAGCCUGUAUGAAACCCGGAACACGAUCAACUAUAAAUAAAGCAGAAUCAUCAACACUGGUGUCAGUGUAUCAUAAAUCAGACAACGUGUCAUUCUAUUGAGCUCGGAAAAUGGUCCGCCGCAUUAAACAGCCUUCAGUUCCGUUCGUGCACUUCAUAGACACUGAGUCGAUUCAGGUGAUCACAAUCAAGGGGAGAGCACCUAGCGGUGCAUCCAGAUUCUCCGUAUACCUUCAGCACGGGGCGGAAGCAGAACCGCACGAGAUUGCGUUCGUGUUCGAUGCGCGGUUUAACUUCAGCGGGGACCACAACAAAGUAGUGACCAACUCUAAGAAAGGGGGCGCCUGGGGUACGGAGGAACACAGAAAUCUUCCAUUCCCAUUUCAUCCAGACCAGGAUUUCAAAAUCAAAAUCACGGUGGAUGAUGACUCCUUUAAAAUGAAGGUCAACGGUCAAAAGUUCCUGGAGUAUGAACAGAAGCUCUCCAUGAAAUCAAUCAACUGCAUUCGGAUACAGAAUGACAUCAUCAUUCACGAAGUCGAGCUUGGGUAGAUUAUACCUAAAUUUCGUGGUUCCAAAUGGCGGCAUAUUAAGAAGGUCUUUGCAAGUGUUUUUUUUGCACACAGUCCAGUAGAUGCGUGACAAAAAUAUGAGUGAAGCAAGACAAAAUGGUCGUCAUAAAAUUCAGCUUAUUUCAUUAAAACGAUGAAUAUACUUAUCUGUUGAAUUACGUCAAUAAACAACGUCUUGUAAAUCUAAGGUAUUAUGUUGAACGUGUGCAGCCAACUUGUUAUUCUAUGAUUAAAGAAUUAAAAAUUGUA